AGGUUUCAACCAGAUCAGCUCCUACCUGACCUGCUUGCUGGGAUGCAAGGUGUAUCGAUCGAAUCGAAGGCUAGGGUUCUUCAAUGUUCUAUCACCACGCAUACUCAUUUUUGAUGUUUCUCUCUCACUCACCAGGGUAGUGAGCUGGUCAUUAAUGGUUCUCUUCUCCAAACUGCCGCACCAGUUCAUCCUCAUUAGAACUUUUGUGAAUGCCAAGGUCAAAUGGGUCCGAGACCCUUAUCUAGAUACUGCUGUAUUCAAAGAGAAAGAUCUCAAACAUGUAAUUUCUCUCAAGAAUCAAAUCAUUUCAUCUCCUUCCAAAUCCCUAUCCAUCUACACUGCUUCUAUGCUGAAAGGUUCUCUCAACCUGCCCACUACAACUACCAAAUUCAUUGAGAGAUAUCAUCGUGUUUUCGCGCAAUUCCAACCGAGUCCUAGUCUCCCUCCAUGUGUCAAGCUCACUCCUCAAGCAUUAUCGCUCCACAAAGAAGAAAUGGCUGUCCAUAACUCCCGCGCUAACCGUGAAGACGCUGUUCGGAGGCUUGCAAGGCUUCUAAUGCUUGCUGGAAUGGGAAAGUUGCCACUUUAUGUGAUUGAGAAGCUAAAAUGGGAUAUGGGUCUUCCUCAUGAUUAUGUUACGGCACUCUUGGUUGAUUAUCCCGAUUAUUUUGAUGUUUGUUCUGUUGAUGAUCCGUCGUCUGGGAAACAAUUGCUUGCUUUAGAGCUUGUUUCAUGGAGAAAAGAACUUUCUGUGUCUGAGUUAGAGAAGAGGGCAAUGAACUCAGACUGUAGUGGUGAUAAAAGAAGACAUGAUAUUGCAUUUCCCAUGUUUUUCCCAAAAGGUUUUGAUUUAGAGAAGAGGGUAAAGACUUGGGUGGAGGAUUGGCAAACAUUGCCAUACAUUUCUCCAUAUGAAAAUGCAUUUCAUCUUGACUCAAAUAGUGAUCAGGCAGAGAGGUGGACAGUGGCAAUUUUGCAUGAGUUGCUUUCUCUUCUAGUGUCAAAGAAGACAGAGAGAGAGAAUUUGGUUUGUUACGGAGAGUGUUUGGGAUUGGGCAUGAGAUUUAAGAAGGCUUUGGUUCAUCAUCCUGGUAUAUUUUACAUUUCCAAUAAGAUUAGGACUCAGACUGUUGUGCUUAGGGAGGCUUAUAAAAAGGAACUUUUGGUUAAGAUACAUCCGGUGAUGGGUAUGAGAUAUUGGUACAUUCACCUCAUGACCAAGAUGUAGAAGCACCAUAAACAAGUUGAUUUGGAGGUUGAUCAUGAAGCUGAAGCUUAGCUAUUGAACCUGCAGUAGUUUACUAUUCAAACUAUCUAACAUAGCAAUGAUGUCUGAUUUUCAAAUUACUGAUUGUUAAAAUAUUUGAUGAUUCCUUUGGAAAGUAUUGACUGCAAGUUCAAGAGCAACUGUAUGAAUUGAAUUUCCAUAAAGUUAACCUA